ACAAGGGUGUUAUGUAUAGAAAAGUCAAUCACUGUGCCUUGUUAUGAAAAUGUAUACAUAUUAACAGAUGAGUUCGGAUUAGCGCUGAAAUUGGCAGUUUAUCAAUCAGAACAGAAACCCGGUCCUCACGUGGCGAAGACUUUGCUAGAAGAUAAAUUAGAUGUCGGCCAUUCCGUGUACAUGAGUGAAGAUUACAAUUCUCUUGAAUUAACCAGGUUCCUAAUAAAUAGAAAGACUUAUGUAACAGGACCGAUUAAGCGUAAAAGGUUCGGAGUUUUAAAAGAAGUUAAAGAUAAAAAGUUAGAAAAGGGGGAGAAGAUAGUUAAGUACAAUACCGACGGGAUCUGCGUAGCGAAAUGGAGGGAGCGACGUGAAGUUAUAAUGGUGUCUUCGGAGCACAAUGGGGAAUGGAAAGAGUAUAUAGACACGUACAGACAGAAGAACAAGCGUCCUUCUUGCGUGUUGGAGUACAACAAGUACAAAGAUAGCCCUGAAAAGCAUGAAGAGAUGCUGGGGCAGUAUUACUGCAGUAUCCUAGCAGAAGACACGAGCGAAUAACAAGUUCAAGAUAUUGGGAGUCCAUAUUCUGCAGAUGUUGGUAUUGAACGCUUACAUCUUGUAUAACGAGUACGGAGGGCAAGCGAUGUCGUUGAUAGAUUUCAGAACGAUUGUUGUGAAGCAUCUGUUGUCGCAUGGGAAGCGGGUCCGCGUUUGAGUUUUUAAAGUGUAAAAGUAGUAUGAAAGAGCUCGUGUUUUUUGUUUCGUAAGAAAGUUGAUUGUGUUACUAAAGUGUUAAGUUGUAUAAUUAAGUUUUAUUUUCAUCUUUUUACUAAAUAAACGUUGAUAUAAACAUCAAAAAAAAAAAAGUCCAAUCAAACAAUUACUUAUAUUUCUUAAAAGUUCAUUAUACAGUCUAUAUUA